UCACUAUUCAGUACCGUCCUCGAAUCGCUUAGUCGACCCUGACAAUGAAUCCAUUCCUCGUCUUCACGCUUUCAUAUUUGAGACCAUGAGAUGAAGACCGCGCUGGGUUGGCUCACUGAACGACUGAGGAGGGAAACAAUUGUAUUGCUUCUGGGACUGCGGUAUCCGGCGAUCGUUGCCAAGUAUCGUCCUGCAAGAGAAGUAAUACGAGGGACUAAACGUCACAGGCCACGGCAUCAGGCCCAUCUCUCGGGACUCAGACGUCUCUCCCGAGCCUCACUCGUUCAAGCCUCAGUGGAUUACAAUGAUCAAGGUUGCAUCAGGGAUGACCUCAAAUUCUUUGUCCUCGGAUUUGGUCGUCUAUCGGUGUUCAUCAACUCGCUCCUUACUCUUUGGGCUUUCCAUCUGACUCUGGAUCCUAAGAAGCCGCUCGAUGACAUGGGGUUCAUGAUGGGGGCGAUGGGAGAUACUAAGUUGUCCAACGUAAACAUGCACGUAGUGUUCCCGGCCACACCUGCGCAAUAAAUCCAUUCUUUACGCCGCCGGAUCAAGCGGAACUACAGGAAACCGCUCAUGAGUCGCCUCUGCUCCAAAGGGACGUCUUCGACUUGCUGCUGCAUCG